GGACCUGAACAACACGGUGGUGGCGGCGGACGCGGUAUCGGGGCUGGGCCCGCGGGAGGCGCUGAACAUCUUCCUCAGCACCGCCACCUGGGGCCGGGAGGGGGCUGACGGUGAAUGGCAGUGGAUGAGUGACCGCCCCUCGCUCCGAGCCCCCUGCCCCGGAGCCGUCAGCUACUACUGUCGAUAUGGCCGUGACCAGGCCUUCACCGAAUCCGGCCCCGGCCAGUGCUUCAGCAGCCUCCACGUGCAGCACCUGCGGCUGCUGGAGUGGCCGGGUGAGCCCCACCAGGAGCUCUCCGUGCAGGAUGGGCACGGCAAGUGCUACCACUUCAUCCUGCCCUCCUUCUUCCGCCUGCUGGACGCCCUGCACCGGGAUGGCAGGGAUUUCACUAUUAUCUUUAGGACCUUUGGUACCGACUUGCCCCGCACGCUGUUGGCCCUGCGCUCGGCCCUGGCUGGGCAGCACCCCCAGUUCCCUGCCCUGCGGGACCUGGCGCUCCCUGUGGUCCUCACUCCUGGCCAAAUACGCUGCAGUAAGCGAGAGGUUGUGCUGAAAAGAGGAGCAGAACGACUCACCACCAGGGAGGAUGGAAGAAAGCUGUACGAUUACUUCAGCUCUUUGGAGGGAAUUGGAGGCUUCCAAGACCACUUUGACUGGUGGGCCAGAAAUCAGUUCUCUUCCCAGGGUGGGAAGCCCUUGUGGAUAGACCCCCACGAUCCCAGCAUUCACCACAUCUUCAUUGACGACAACAUCCGGCUGGAUGAUGCAGACACUAUUGUCCACCCUCAGGUGUUUUCAGAGCGAGGCAGCAGCAGCCCCAGGUGUGCUCCUACCUCGGAGCUGUAUGAUGUUUGCCUGGUGCAGACCGACCUCCUGGAGGCCAUCGCCAAUGAGGACUAUUUCCUCCACUGCGUGAGGAGGUGUGAGGAGAACUAUGAUAGUUACCUGGCCCGCAUGGAGAGUGGCUCCCUGAGCCAGCAGAGUGAUGGACAGUGAUACCACUGGGCAGGCUGGGCUGGGGCCAAGGCGCUCAGAACGAGGAUAUCUCCCUGCUUCCUUCCUGCUGUACAAAAAGUCCUGGGUGGGUGGGUUUUACUCUGAGGUGUCACCUCUCCAGCAUGCGAUGUGCCCACCCUGUCCCACCGAGAACCGCCAGGCCCAAACACAACUGUCCUGGGAGCUUGUGUGAUGGCAUCCCUUAAGGAAAUUGCUUUCCUUUCCUCAGCAGCAGCGUAGGGAGCUGGAGCCCCUCAGCAGACAGAGCUGUGCCUUGUGCCUGCUCCUGCCCUGGGACUGAGGCUCUCUGUGCCCUCUGCUCCUGCAGCUACACGCAGCCAUGCCAGUGUUUGUCUCCAUUCCCACUCCCACAUCCCACAGAGGCAGCCGGCCUAGCACUGGCACCACGGAUACGGUGUGCUCCCUAGCAGAGCUGGUUCCAUGCCACUUCCGCCUGGUUUUAAAGCGAAUCUUUCUACCUUC